CUGACGUCAUCAUUCACGGACAAGACGACGCAAUUCAACGGAAGUUCGAGUCGAAUCUGUGAAACGAACAUGGCAGAAAAACUCGAGGAACAACCCAAGAAAAGUAUCUUAAAACCAGCAAGACAUUUUGAAGACCCUGCAAAUAGACCGGAGGAUGGGAUUAAGUGGGAUGAGAUGAACAUCCUGGCAACGUACCAUCCGGCUGACAAAGACUAUGGCCACAUGAAGGUAGAUGAACCAGACACUCCCUAUAAUGAAUACAUUGAGACGGAAGAAGGUGAAGAUGAGCACGACGGGAUGAACGAGCACGCUGCAGCAACGCUCAACGCGACCGAACUCAACAAAAAAUUAGAGGGAUCCAAGAAACGAUGGUGGGAAGAAGAGAAUGCAGAAGAAUCAAGUGAAGAAGAUGAGGAAGAAGGACUGACAGAAGAAGUGAAAGAGAAAAAGAAAGAGUUUCGCAACAAGAGGAAGCAUCAUUACGAUGAGGCGUACAACAUCAAAUUGGCAAAGGAACUGAUAGAACAAGAGCUAAGGGAGGCUGAAGAGGAGGAAGAGGAAGAGAGACGAAAAGCAGAAGGUGUGAUGUCACAAGAUGGCUGUAAUCAACGAACGGAUGAAGCAUUAGAUGAUAAUGGAAUUGCCAUGCAAACGGGUGAUUGAACCAAUCCUUUUGGGCAUCUCUGACCUUUGACCUGUGAUGUAUUAAGGCUUAGGUCACGGACAUACAUAGACACUUGUAAGUGCCAUAGCAGAUUGCUGUAUCGUGUACAUGUAUGAAUCAGUUGAUUGCCAUGCAAGUGGGCGAUGGAACUUUUUCUCGUGAGCAUAUGUGACCUUCGACACAGUCUUUACAGUUCAUUGGUCACACACAGACGCUUUGAAGUGUUACGUCUCGUUUUUAUGAUAUCAUGUAUGAAUCAGUUGCUAAUAUUAUUGUCAUACAAGCUGGUGAUUUAGGUUGCGUUUAUGCGAACUUAAGCCAGAAUCAUGAUUUGAAUCAUGAUUCACAACACAAAUACGAAUCACAAUACCACAGAAUCAGGGUUUAGCUGACUUUCAUUCUGAUGCUGUUUCUCCUCGGAUUCGCUCCGAUCCAGUGCGCGGUUUGACCUAGGAAGUAUAUUUUUGCGCGUCUUCUAACUCUACGAUGACUGACAUGUUUUUUUUUUUCAUGCUAUAUGAACACAACGCAGCUCAAUCGCAUACUACAUGUAGUAGGUCAUUUUUUGUGCAACGUUCGCUCGGCUCUAAAAAAAUCAAUCUUUUGCUUCUGGAAUUCAGUCUAAUAUACCUCAUUUUUUGUACUUCUAUAGAUUCAUAUUGUCGGUUUAUGAAAAAUAGUGUUCGGAAGUGAAUUUCUUCACAGAUCCCAAUUUAAUAUUAUUUGGCACUUUUGAAAACAACCAAUUG